AUGAUGACAUAUGGAUACAUGAUGGUGUCAUGCCGCAAUACACCUCUCAGAUUCGUACUUGCAGCUAUGGGUAAAGAGAAGUUUCACAUCAACAUUGUGGUCAUUGGCCAUGUCGACUCUGGAAAAUCGACCACGACUGGUCACUUGAUCUACAAGCUCGGAGGUAUUGACAAGCGUGUGAUCGAGAGGUUCGAGAAGGAAGCCGCUGAGAUGAACAAGAGGUCCUUCAAGUACGCAUGGGUGUUGGACAAACUUAAGGCCGAGCGUGAGCGUGGUAUCACCAUUGACAUUGCUCUCUGGAAGUUCGAGACCACCAAAUACUACUGCACAGUCAUUGAUGCUCCUGGACAUCGUGAUUUCAUCAAGAACAUGAUUACUGGUACCUCCCAGGCUGAUUGUGCCGUCCUCAUCAUUGACUCCACCACUGGUGGUUUCGAAGCUGGUAUCUCCAAGGAUGGUCAGACCCGUGAGCACGCUCUUCUUGCCUUCACCCUUGGUGUCAAGCAGAUGAUUUGCUGCUGUAACAAGAUGGAUGCUACUACCCCCAAGUACUCAAAGGGAAGGUACGAUGAAAUCGUGAAGGAGGUGUCUUCAUACCUGAAGAAGGUUGGAUACAACCCUGACAAAAUCCCGUUUGUGCCCAUCUCUGGUUUCGAGGGUGACAACAUGAUUGAGAGGUCCACCAACCUCGACUGGUACAAGGGACCAACUCUCCUUGAGGCUCUUGACCAGAUCAACGAGCCCAAGAGGCCAUCAGACAAGCCCCUCCGUCUCCCACUUCAGGAUGUCUACAAGAUCGGUGGUAUUGGAACGGUGCCAGUGGGACGUGUUGAGACCGGUAUGAUCAAGCCCGGUAUGGUUGUGACCUUUGCUCCCUCUGGACUGACCACUGAGGUCAAGUCUGUUGAGAUGCAUCACGAGUCUCUUUUGGAGGCACUUCCCGGUGACAAUGUUGGAUUCAAUGUCAAGAAUGUUGCUGUCAAGGAUCUCAAGCGUGGGUACGUUGCUUCAAACUCCAAGGAUGACCCUGCCAAGGGAGCUGCUAACUUCACAUCCCAGGUCAUCAUCAUGAACCACCCUGGUCAGAUCGGUAACGGAUACGCUCCAGUGCUCGAUUGCCACACAUCUCACAUUGCAGUCAAGUUCUCUGAGAUCUUGACCAAGAUUGACAGACGUUCUGGUAAGGAGCUCGAGAAGGAGCCCAAGUUCUUGAAGAACGGUGACGCUGGUAUGGUUAAGAUGACUCCCACCAAGCCAAUGGUGGUCGAGACCUUCUCGGAGUACCCUCCAUUGGGUAGGUUCGCCGUCAGAGACAUGAGGCAGACCGUUGCUGUUGGUGUCAUCAAGAGUGUCGACAAGAAGGACCCAACCGGAGCUAAGGUGACCAAGGCCGCAGUCAAGAAGGGAGCCAAAUGA